AGUUCUAGUUAUUUACCGAUCUAGUGGUUUAACAACUACCGAAGCUGAUUAUAUAAAUACUCGGUUCUAGCGUAUUCCUCCUCACAUCAGCUCAGUUCUGACCCAGUGAAAGACGCUGGAAGUUGUUCGGUGUUUCUACAGUGUUUACUACGUUCACUACACGCUGAACCAAUCUUGAAAAUCAUGAGUUUUAAGUUCUGGAUAACAUGCAAGCGUCUUACCACUAAAUGGUUCAUGUGAUCAUCUUGAUCAACAGCCCAUCCUACCAGUAGCAUUCUUAAUGGUCUUAUGCCUACUGAAGCUUACUUUCUGCAAGUCUAUUGGCGACGUUUUUGAAAAAGAAGCCUUAGAUGAAGCUAUCGAAUCCACUUCAGCAGAAAAUCCCAUUCAACAACACCUCUCAAAAAGAUACGAGGAAGCAAGCCAAGGAAUCCGCAAUAAAUGCUACAGCGGAAGCCUUGAAGAAACUGCUGAGGCCCUGGGAGUGCUAAAUCUACCAGGCGUUCGCUUGGUAAGAGUUGAGGGUGAGCUCUAUCAAAAACUCUUGAAAAAUGAAACUAUUGUUGAACGGAAGUCUGGCUCUAACGAAUCUGCAUCAAAGGCCUCUCGUGAAAGUUCUUCUGCUAAGAGGUCAUCUGAAUCAAUUGAUAUGUGCGAAGAAGAGUAUGCUUAUACCUACAUACUUGCUCACGCAAAUGGACAGCUUGCUUACCAAGUAGACACGGUGGUUUGCCAGGGCGAAUACUGCCAAUCACCCUAUCUUAACUACGUUGUGGGAGAUUUUGGAGAUUGUGUCCUAAAGGAACAAACAAUGGUUGUGUAUAUCAUCAACGCUUAUGGAAGCUUUGUUCCACAGACAAUUAAAAUAGGUUGUGCUUGUGAAUGUAUGGCUUAUGCUUAAACGCUCUAAUAGUUUUGUUUGAGAUCAUUUGGAGCAUGAGAAUAUAUAAUAUCAUGGUCUACAGCUCAGAAUAAAUGAGUGCUUAAUCACUUUUAUAUGCUCAGGGGUAGAGGGGAAGGGGUAAUUUUGCAAGUCUUGUAAACUCAUCACCAACGAACUAAGCACGAAAUGUAAAAUAUUGUUGUUGGUUAGACAAGAUAUUUGACAACAUGUAUCACUAAGCAAUAUGUAGAAAUUGUGCCAAUCAUAAAUGUAUUUUUAAGGA